AUGCCUAAUAUAAAUUAUAUAGUGACCGCAGAAUUCCAUAUAGAUAAAGGACCCUCAUUAGUCCAUCAAUAUCCUCAUGAAUUACCUGGUAUCAAUAAUCUAUAUUUCUUGCCUGAGUUAAUGCUUCCGGAUCAAAUCCAUAAACGAGAAGAAGAUUUUACUUUAUUUAUGUUAUAUAAGAAUAAAUCAACUAAACAAUUUCAAUAUUUAUAUCAAGAGAAAGUAUGUGAAGAUAAACCAUAUUUCCUUUAUACGAUUGUUCAAAAUCAGAAAGAUGAGAAUUAUAAGAGAGGAUCACAAAUCAAAUCAUUAUCAAUAAUCACUAAGCUUCCAUAUUUUAAGAAUUUUAAACCUUUAUUAUUGAUUUGUUUAGAUUUAUAUUUUAAAACUGAUAGUAUUGAAAUAUUGAAAAAUUUAUAUGAAUCAAUUAAUGCUAAAAACUUUAUAAUAUCAAAAUCAAUAAAAUCAAUAUCCAUUAUUAAGAAAUUAUUAAUAACUUCAAUAUUAGAUUUACCAAUUCAUGAUAAAAUUUAUAAUGAUUCAGAAUUUAGAAAAAGAGCAUUAGGAAUUAAAAUGAAUGAAACUAUAAAUGAAGAUUUAUUUAUUAGAAAAGAUUUAAGUUUUAAUUCAAUUAUUUCAUUUAAUGAAAUGGAUAUACCCGUUAGAAUCCCCUUAUUGGAUUUACCUGAUACUAUUGGAGAUUAUCUUAAUCCAACUGAUUUAAAUUUCAAACCUAAUGCAAUUAAUAUAUUGAAUGCAAGAUUAGGUUCAAAUCGUUUACAUAAUGAAUUAACAAUUUAUGGAUUACAAACUCCUCCAAUUAUCGUGUUGAUUAAUGCUGUUUUAACAGGUAAAAGAAUUAUGUUUGUAAGUUAUGAAGAAUCUUCAGGUUAUAUAAUAGACCAUAUUCUAUUAUUAUUAAAAUUGAUAACUGGUGGAGGUAUCUUAUGUGGAUUAUUAACUAAUUAUAAUAUAUUUCCAAUUAUCGAUGUUUCCAAGAUUGAUUUAUUAAAUGGAUGUGAUUCAUUUAUUGCAGGUACAAUAAAUCCAUUCUUUAAAGAAAAUGAUAAAUUCUGGGAUGUCUUAUAUGAUUUAGAUGAUAAUGAAUUAUUCAUAAGUACACAACUUGAAGGUCAAUGGAUAGAUUAUAAACACUCCAUUAUAUCUGAAGAUGCAAGAUUUCUAUCAAAUUUACAAUUAUCAUUAUUUAGUUAUAAUGAUGAUUUAACUACAAUUCAAUUGAUUUUUAGAAGACAUAUAAAUGAAAUUCUACGGAUUCUUUUAAGUUCCAAGAACUUUAAUACAAGUCUAACUCCAAAAGAUCGUGAUCUUAUUUUGUUACUUGAUGGGAUAGGAUAUUAUUGGUCAAGUGAUGCUACUAAAUUAUUGGAAGUUUCAUGUUAUCAAUUGGUUACCAAGAAAUUUCAAGAUUUAUUAUAUCAAGGGAAAUUAGUUUACAAUUUAUUAUUACCUAAUUUAGCCAAUGAAUUGAAUUUGAUGGUCGAUAUUCAACAUCAUUUACAAAGUCUCAAUUCAAUUGAUAAAACUAAAAUCAAUGAACAUGAAAUUUGGUAUAACAUUUUAAAGUUUUUAAUUAGUGGGAAAUCUUUAGAGAUCUUUUUAUUGAUGACAUAUUUGAUUCCAGCGGUAUCAUCAGCAAGUAUACUGACCACUUCACAUGGAGGUGCAAUGACGGUAUUUGAUAAGAAUAAAGGUAUUGAAUUAUUGUUAUUAAAUUUGUUUAAUCAAGAUGAUCAGAUCAAAUCAAAUGUAGUGAUGAUUUUACAAGAACUACAAGAUAAUUUUGUAUGCGGAUGGUGUGUUAAUAAUUUCUUGAAAUCCAAUUUAGUUUAUGAUUUAGCCCUUGAUGAUUUACUCAAUUAA